GCUAUUUUAUUUGACUGCUGUUGGCCUGCGACUUAAACUUUCAUCUUUUAUUUCUUUUAUCCUAUGCUUUUUCUGUGUUAUGGCUGCUGCAACAAUAGUUCAUGAUACAUCAGAAGCUGUAGAGCUCUGUGCUCCCUGUGGGUUAUACCUUAAACCCAUUACAAAAAUGACCAUCAGUGUGGCACUUCCUCAGCUGAAACAACCAGGAAAAUCCAUUUCGAACUGGGAAGUGAUGGAAAGAUUGAAAGGGAUGGUGCAAACUAAUCAGUUUUCCACGCUGCGGAUUUCUAAAAGCACAAUGGAUUUCAUCCGGUUUGAAGGAGAGGUUGAAAACAAAAGUUUGGUUAAAUCUUUCCUGGCAUGCCUUGAUGGCAAAACAAUAAAGCUGAGUGGCUUCUCUGACAUUUUAAAAGUCCGUGCCGCAGAAUAUAAGAUUGACUUUCCAACCAGGCAUGACUGGGACUCGUUUUUCCGCGAUGCAAAAGAUAUGAAUGAAACUUUGCCUGGGGAAAGGCCAGAUACUAUUCACUUAGAAGGCUUACCUUGUAAGUGGUUUGCGGCAAAGGACUCUGGCUCCGAAAAGCCUAGUGAAGAAAUCCUUAUAAAAGUGUUCAAGAACUUUGGAGAAAUACGUAAUGUGGACAUACCCAUGCUGGACCCGUACAGAGAAGAAAUGACUGGCAGGAAUUUUCACACUUUCAGUUUUGGAGGCCAUUUAAAUUUUGAAGCUUACGUUCAGUAUCAAGAGUAUGCAGGUUUCAUUAAGGCCAUGAACGCCCUGCGAGGGAUGAAGCUCAUGUAUAAAGGUGAUGACGGCAAAGCAGUGGCUUGCAAUAUAAAGGUUUCUUUUGACUCAACAAAACACCUCAGUGAUGCAUCAAUUAAGAAGCGUCAGCUCGAAAGGCAAAAGCUUCAAGAGCUUGAAAAACAGAGAGAAGAACAAAAACGUAAAGAGAAAGAAGCUGAAGAAAAACAAAAAGAGGAAGAAAGGAAGCAGAGAGAGCUUGAAGAAUAUGAGAGAGAGAGAAAAAGAGAAGAAAAGUUGCGCAAGAGGGAACAGAAACAGAAAGAUCGUGAAGUUCGACGAAACAAAAAGCAACUUGAAAAGCUUCAAGCUGAAGAACAGAAAAAACUGCAAGAGAAGAUAAAGUUAGAAGAAAGGAAGCUCCUGUUAGCUCAGAGAAAUCUUCAGUCUAUUAGGCUAAUUGCAGAACUGCUAAGCAGGGCAAAGACAGUAAAGCUUUUGGAGCAAGAACAGAAUGAAGAAAGGAUUUGUCUUCAGCAGCUAGAGGAGAGACGAAGGCUCCAGGAGGCUGAACUCAAACGUGUGGAAGAAGAAAAGGAAAGAGCACUGGGGUUGCAGAGAAAAGAAAAGGAACUGAGGGAAAAACUACUGAACAAUCUUCUGAGCAAGAAAAUGGAUGCAGUUAAUCAAAGCAAAGAAGAAACUGAAGCAUCUCAGUCUGAUGUGCCGAAAACCCCUACUGGUGUUCCACACACUGUGUCUUCCAGCUGCAUCACUUCUACCUCAGGGCAGGCUGUUACAAGCAAACUGGCUUCCAGCUCUCAAGGUGACGUAGCAACCUCUGAGAGUGUAAACACUCAAUGCAAGUACUUGAAUGGCAACAUUCAUGACAAAGUUCAUGUCAAAGAAGGUCAGAAAUUUCAUACCACAAACUCUGAGAGCUGUUCUCAGAAAAGAAGUUCAGGGGUACUUUCAUGUCUUCCUGUCAAUAACCAGCAACAGAAGAGCCUCUCUAGCUAUGACCAGAAUACUUGCAGGAAGGACUUGCGCUGUGAGCAGGGCAAACAUAGCACAGAGCCAAUAAGGAGAAAGAGCCGUUCAUGUAGCAGCAUAAACACUGAUGAGAGUAAGGGUAAACGAGAGAGGAACAGACACAGAAGAGGUGAGAGUUACCAGGAUGAAAAGCGCAGGAAAGAAAGGAGGUAUUAUAGACACUCUAGCAGAAGUUACAGUCCUCGACGAAGCCAUAGUCCUCGUCGGAGAAGUGUAAGCCCUAGACGUUCACAUUACAGAAGAACUCGCAGUAGGGAACGUAAACGAGACAGACGAGAAAGAAGUCGUAGUCGCAGAAGUGUGAGCAGGAGGCGGAGGCACCGGAGAUCGCUGAGUAAGCAAAGGAGUACUUGGAGUGGGUAGUGGAGGCGUUGGCUUCUUGGAGAGGCUGUGGUUGGACAAAAAGGCCAGAAAGUUGUAAAUGAGACCUCAUGGGUGUGACUGCUGUAGAAAACAUGUUUGUUUCAAACAAUGGUUAACUUGCAUCUAGUCCCUGAAAUCAAGAAAAUAGAUGCCUGAUUUUUUUUUAUGUUCCUUCAUGCUUUGUUGUCUCUUUCUAGGUUUCUACCACAAUGUAUAGGUAUAACCACCUGUGCUUGUGCUCAAGUUCCUACAGUGCUAAAAGCCAACCUGUUUUCUUGGUUUUCAGUUUUCUAAACCUUAAUUUUAGUCAAUUUAGUUUUUAUCUCUGUAUCACCUAGUUUGGCUUGAGAAGUACUGGAUGCCAGUUAUAGGAACUCCAGAUGUGACAAACAUUACAUACAGAUUUAAUUUAAAAUGUUUUCUGAUGCAUUCAGUGAAAUCACAUUUAACAGAGUAGAGUUGUUGCUGAUUGAGAUGCAUAGCAGGACUUUUGCAUAGUUCUUAAAACCGACUAUAGAGAUAUGCAGGAUAUCUUUUUUUAAACUGCUAUGAUUCCUUCAUAUGUCUAGGGUGCCAAGCUUUGGUGCCCAAAUUAUUCUGGCAUGUAAUGCUGUUGAUAUAAUACUACUUUCCAUGGAAGAGAGGUGCACUGAUGUAGGAAGUAAGAAGCAAUGGUAAAAUGGUUGAAAAGUUGUUCUGUUAUUUUGUUGACAUAUUUGGCUUUGUAACUACUUCAGGUGGUGUAGAACCACUUGAAGCAUUUUUUCAGGUACAUACAGAGGUAGCCAUUGUCUUUUGAUAAAGGGGCCUUCUUGCUAAAUUAUUUUUACUUGUGGUGUUGGAAAGUAAGGCUGCAGUGUCUCUUAUUAAAUCCAUUUAAGAAUACUUCUGCUUCUAAAAUGCAGCUCAGGAAUAUUAAAAGCUAUAACAUUACAGUGAAAGAGUUUAUUUUGCCUUUUUAUGGUAAAAUUAAAAAGAAGCUGUUUCCAGUGAACUGAAGUUGCUGUUUUCAUAUGUCAGUGUAUUAAAAUCUGCAAAAGUAUCAUGCGAGAACCCAUUUGCUGAAAAAAAAAUCACUUGACACAUUUGAAUAAUGAAGCUCAAACACUCUUCUCGAUGGUCCUAUAAUGUACAGCUAUGUCAACUGUUAAUUCAGCAGGAUGUGUGCUCCUUAUCUUCAGCCUUCAGAUGCCAUUUUCAUCACAAUGAUCCAUCAAAUCAAAGUGUAUCCCUUUCCUGCAGUGCCUGAGGAGCACAUUGGGGCUGCAGCUCAGCUGGAUCCCUGGCUGGCUGAUUUUGCAUUACUUUCAGUGAAUUCAUACAGGGGUUGUUUCUUACUAGACCAUGCUGUUGAAAGCUUGUAGUUACUAGCUGUGGAAAGGUAGACAUUAUUUUGUCUUCCUGGUAAUUCAUGGUUUUAAUGAUCUCCAAGUAAUUAUGUUACUUCCCAAGUUUUUGUGACUUCUCCUGUGAGUUUCAUCACUGUCUUGGGGGCCAAGAGCUAAACUGACUUAUCUAAUCAUCUCAACACCAGUAAUUUCUUGAAUUCUGAGUAGUUGCUUUCUGUAGAAAACACAUUCUGUUAAAGUGUUAAAGGCCUCUCUCCUUGAUGGUAAGCUCAUCUUCAGUAAUGAUUUAGCUAAAAUCCAAUCUACUGUUGGUUGCAAGUGUUUCAUAAGGUGGGUGGGAUGCCUGUUUGUAAAUGCAUGCAGUUCUGCUUAGCCCACUCUUAAAUACUGACACACUGCCCAUGGUAACGCCACUUUAAAAAGAAAAUAUGUAUUCUAUCUGCAGUUAUGUGAGAAGUUAAACUAAUGGCUGUUGGCACCAAUGUCUUUGAGCUCCUGAUUAGAUUUUUAUCAGAAUUUCUGCAGUGUAUUUCUAUUUAGAUUUCCACUGGGAUUGAUGUGUUGGGUGGAGGUCUUGAUGGGAGGUGCUGGCUUAUGAUGCUGCUUUCAGGAAGUCAUCAAGCUAUGAAUGCAAUAUCAUUGCCAAGACUAGAAGCAGUUAAAGCAGUGGCAUUCACCAAAAAGUGUUGGAGUGAUAUGAGAAGAAUCCAACAGGUACUGUUACUUGAUAUUAAAAAAAGACUGUGCUUGUUUGGGGUUUUUUGCUCCAGAGAAGGCAUCAAGAGUAGGUUUCAUAUCCCACCCCAAAAUGAUUAAAUUCCAUAAGCUCCCCUGACAUUUAGGGCAAUUACUAAGGCCAGAGAAGACAGCUAUGGGGAAGAUGUUCAGCUGUCAAGUUUUGAUAAUCAUUCAGCUUAGCACAAUAUAUCCAGCACUGGCUUCAUACAAUAUCCUGAAAAUGCAGUAACGUGAAGUAACUCAGUUGUUUAUAGUGCUUGUAUUAUUUCUUUUUUUCACAGCAGCCUCAGGAAGAAAAGCCUGAAACCGGUUUGAAGUUACUUGCAAAUACUUGCUUUCCAAAAUACAGAGGGAAUGUGUAAGUUCUCUUUCAGUCAGCCAGCUGAACCCUAUCAAAACAUCUCAAAACUCCUAGUAUCUAAAGCUGCCUAAUAACUGCUCAGUGCAGAGUUUUAUCUAUUCUUAACACUUAGCAGUCUUGUUGCUCCAGGUACAUAGUUUGCAUCAAAGCUCUACAAAACCUUUUAGGUGCUGAAUCCUCUGACACAGAUACUGAACCGUGUAUCCUUGUAUUGGGUCUGCUGUGAUGGAGUUAACUUUCUUCGUAGCUGCUGGUGUGGUGCUGUGUUUUGGAUUUAUGACAGUGUUGUUAACACAGCAGUGCUUUACCUAUUGCAGAGCAGUGCUUGCACAGUGUCAAGGCUGCCUCUGCUUCCCAUUUUGUGCACAACUUCCCCCUGAAUGGGUAGGCUAAGGUUGGGAGGGGACACAGCUGGGACAGCUGAUCCCAACUGAACAAAGGGAUAUCCUCUGCGAUAUAACAUCAUGCUCAACAAUAAAAAUGGGGGCUUUUGUCUUUCCAAGGUUGCUCCAAGACAAUCUGGGCAUCAGUUUGCUUGGGGUCUGUUGAUGAUGGGCUUUGAGCUGCAAGGAAACUUUGAAAGACUUGAAACUGUAAUCUUUUCAUAAGGUCACAAAUAUAAAUUAUGUCAUGUCCAAUAUCAUUUAUUCAGUUUUUAAUUACGGCUGAGGUACAUGGUCAUACAAAAACCUCAGUGAUGCAAUAACUUCAAGAAUAUAAUUUUUGAUAGUAAACAAUUGCUCUUUGUUCUGUAUUGAUUACUACUCAGUACAUUUCUACCAAUUAUUUUCUAGGGAUCUUAGCGUUUGAAAUGAAAGAACCUAGGAUACCAGCAGGCUGUAUAAUGUCUUCUAGAAGCCAAAAUACCAAAGUUACUGGUACUUUUCCCUGCUCUGAAUGAAUGUUGUGACGCUAAUUGCUUAAAUCUGACCUGUUUGCUGACUUUCAGGAGCUGUCUAAAAGCAGAUAAAAUUAGUUGGUCUUUUUUCUUCCAUUUCAGUGUAUGUCUGAGUGACCUUGAAUUCAUAUGAAAAGAUAAAUAUUUAAUGUCUACCCUUUGCUGGGUUAGCUGCUUUGAAGCAAUGUCCUUUUGCAGUUGACUUCAAACUUUGGUUAACAAACUUUGGUCUUAAUUAAUGGAGGAGUUCCAAUAAUCAGUUACUGCUCUUGUUCAGUUAUUAAAUGUGCAGUGUUCAAAUCACACUGCAGUUACAGGCUGUUAUAUAAAUAUUAAGGAAACCAAAGAGUAAGGGAUUUAGCAACUAAUAGUUAUUAAAGACAUACCAAACUAAUAAAUACUUCUGAAACACUGAAUUUAUGUUGGUAUGGUUGAGUACUGGGUAGAGUCUAGCUUAGCUACUAUGCUACCUCUGCUUUCAGAGCUGUAGCUGCUAGAAAUCCAAUCCAACGAGAAUGCCUGCAAACUGGUCAGAGAGGGUUAUAUACCAGUGCCUAGGCUUGUCAUAAGUUGCAUGUUACUUGGGACCCAUUCCGUCAAAGUUCCAUAUCUUACUCCAUUUGUCUGUUAAUAUUCAGGGUUUGGUUUGGUUUUGGUGGCUUUGUUCCAGUGGGCUGUAAGCAGGAAUAUAGAUUUAUUCACUGUUUUUAUCAGAACAUUAAGGAUCUGGGUGAGCAAGAUUGAAAGUUGUUGU